AUGAUAUCCCAUAUCAACUCGUGUCACUCGGAGGAAUUGAAGAAUAUGGAAAAGCAGAAAAAGAGCAAAAACGUGAUGUCUUUUAACAAUAGAAAGGAAGAACACGCUGAAGCUGACAGGAAUUUAGUAUUAGCCAUUUGCACUUCGACAGUUCCAUUCAGGUUCGCGAAAAACCAGUAUUUCAUCAAAUUUUGCGGAAGUCUGGAUAAACAAUAUGAAGUGAUGAGCCCAGACAAACUUCGUAGAAGAAUUCACGAGAACUCCAAGUUAUACAUUCAAAAGACAAAAAGUGAUUUGGAAAAUGUGGAGAGGUUUUUUUUGACUGUCGAUGGAUGGGACGGAAAGUUCGAGAACGUCAACCUCUACGCCAUUUUUGUUUACUAUAUUGAUGAGAAAUUCGAACAAAAGAAAGUGUUUCUUGGAAUUCGUCAUGUGGCAGGAAAAGCCACUUCUGUAAAUGUUGGCAACGUUGUCACCGAUGUUUUGGAAGAUUAUGGAGUAGACAGUUCGAAGCUUAUCGGAGCGAUUUGUGAUGCCGGUUCCAACUUACGCAGUUUUUUGAAUAAAAACAUGCUUUAUCAUCUACACUGCGCUGCUCAUGUUUUAGCUUUGAUUUUAAAAGAAGUGUCCGAGGUUCCGUCGGUUACACUGAUUUUGAAGAAAGUUUAUUCACUCGCAUCUCAUCUGUCGCGGUCAAAAGUGGACAGAUCAAUAUUUAGACAAAGAUCAACUGCUCUAAAAACUUUUGGACCAAUUCCGUUGCCAUUCAGUCCUACAAGAUGGGGAGGCUGCGCAAUACUCGCAGCUUCCUUUCUUAAUCACUAUCAAAGUAUUUUCUCGUUGUCGAAAUUUCAAGAAUAUUUGUUGAGUGAAGAGGAAAAAGUGAAACUGGAAUAUUUCGUCGAGUUGACAUCUCCCUUCGUCGACGCAGUGUCUGAGGCUGAAAAAGAUAACAACUUCUGUUCCGAAAUCAUUCCUCAAUUUGCAAAUCUUUUAGAAUUUGUUUCUUCUCAUAAUCAGAUGAAACACAUUGUUCGAGUUAUCACUAAUGAAACUCAAAAGAGAUUUGAUGCUUACAUGUCGAACGAUAUUGCAUUGAUCUCCACUUUUAUCGACCCGCGUUUCGGAUACUUCGACGGAAUUAUGCAUAACAGAAAAUGGCAAGAAAUUGAAGAAACCGUGAUUGAUUAUUGUGAUAGUUUGAAAAUUCUAAAUUCAAACGGUUCACUCAAUUCCGAUGGUUCUCCUCAGAAACGCUCGAAAGUAUCUCAAAGUGGACUCAGUCGAUUUAUGGAGGCAAAAAGUUUGUCCUCAUCUAUGGAUGAUACUAAGGCAGAAGUUGUUGCUUACGAAGCAUAUAUAAGAAAAUCGAGACCUCCCUAUUCCAGUUCCCCUCUUGAUUUCUGGAAAUGUAAUGAAUUUCAAUUUCCAAAACUGGCUCGAUUGGCUCGACACAUUCUCUGCGUCCCUCAAUCUUCAGCUGCUGUUGAAAGACUGUUCAGUAGAUGUGGAGAAAUCGUUUCGUCGUCUCGAAGAAAUCGCCUAUCAUCACAAACAAUGCAUGAAAUUUUAAUCAACGCUUCUUUGGGCAUAUUAAAAGAAAAAGAAACCGAGUACAUUGAGUGUGAUGAUGAUGACGAUGAGACAGAGCAGAAUGGUGAGCAAAUCAAAUUAGAUCUUCUUCCGCUUUGCACUUGUAAUCCUUCCAACGACAGUCGUCGCAGCCGUAGCACCCCUACUCGACGUCGAUCGAUACAAUAUUAA